CCCGCCUACGUCACGUCGCUGAAUCAGCUGCGCUGCACCACAGAAGCGUAAUUUACGCACAUAAUUUUCAGGUGAGUUUUCGCUGGAAGAGUUUACCUGGCCGCAGGUGCAGGAGUGGAUUUCUCAACUCUUACGUGACGUGUUUUCAGCAGAUGAAAACACGCAGGAACGUUUCCAAAUGGCCUAAUUUCUUUGACAAGUCGCAACAGGACGAGCUGACUGAUCUCUGGCUGCGCGCGCGCGUUUUGACAUUGUGUUGCUCCACCUCCGCCUACAACAGCUGAAGUCGCAGUUGAAUCGCACGGAGGAAGCGCAUAGCAGUCAGGGAGGAGAGAGAGACAGCGCGACAGCUGACGAUGGCGGAGAAUAAGAUGGGCCCGAACCUCCAGGCUGGAGCCGGAAUCUUCGCGAAACGGGUCCAGAAGUCCUUGAACCGAGCCCAGGAGAAGGUUCUUCAGAAACUGGGCAAAACUAUGGAAACCAAAGAUGAGCAGUUUGAGCUCUGUUUCCAGAACCUCAACAAACAGCAGAUCGACGGAAGCAGGUUGUUUAAAGAUGUCAAAGCCUACUAUGCAGCAGUGAAAGGCAUGCAUGAGACAUCUAAGCGGCUAUCCCAGACGCUGAGCGACAUCUAUGAAUCGGACUGGGAUGGAGUGAAAGAUCUCGCUGUUAUAACAGAAGUAGGAUUAUGAUGCAGCCACUGUUUUAUUUGGGAAGUC